AUGAGUAGAUCAACAAGAGACAUCGGCGGCAGACUGAAGAAGACGGGCGUGACCGAGAUCAAGCUCACCGGCAACUACAGCAGAGCAGACAUCGAACGGAUCGCGCAGCGAGACAGCAACACGCUCCAACGCCACGGCGCCAACGCAAGGAUAGAGGUCGUGCUCGACUACGGCAACCAUCAGUAUCGAUCGGGCAAGUUCACCAAGGUAGGUGAGCCGAUCAUCAUGUUUGAUCCUCACGAGUACGAUGGCGCGCCCAUCCCAGAGCCCGAUACCUUCAAAGCGUUCUACAUCUACGUACAUCAAGCAAAGGGCAAGGCAGGCGGCUGCGACGGUAAAUGGAAUAACUGCCUCUACCACUGCCUCCACGAUGCAUACCCAGACCAGGUCACGGAGCACUUUGGCAAGCCAUCACGACUCAAGAAGUUCCUCAACCCCGAUGUCGAUCAGAAGGUCUCGAUCAAACGAAUCCCAGAACUCGAGGACAGACUCAACAUCAGAAUCAAUGUCAAAGGUGAUCAUUGCUAUGCCUCGGCAUCAAGGGCAACCAGAGAGGUCAACCUGAUACUAACCAAUGGACACUACAAGCUAGACAAGGAGGGCACCUAUGCAGGCAAGGGCAUCAGAUACACUCGACACAACGAGAGGGACGUCUACAUCAAGCCAAUCGUAUUCAAGUAUCUCAAGGGCGAUCGGGUCCAGCUCUACGAUGACGGUGAGUACACAACCAUCAGCCUGGAGCAGUUCAUCAACAAGAAGAAGCGCAAGUACCAAGACAAGUGCGAGUACAUCCGUAUCCUCUCAGGCAUGACUCUCGAGGAGACAUUGGACUCGUUCAAAGCUGAUGCCGACGCUCUCAAGGAACACACUAACGGCGUCAUCGACAUGUACACAACAGGACAGAACAUCAACAAAGCAGCGAUCAAGCUGUUCCUAUCGUACAACAAGACUGUCAAACCAGAGCCCAUCGGUCAGAUGGAGGGCGAGUGGAUAAAGAAGUCAGCCUAUGGCCCAUUGAUGAUGGCAAUUCAACAUAUAGGAGCUCUCUACAAAUAUGACGUCGCUAGGAUGUAUGCCUCCAUCUUGAGGAGCGGUGGCUUCAUGAUCCCAAUCAAGUGUGGCGAGCUUUGGCCCCAAGAGCAAGAUCAGGAAGAGUGCCAGACCAGACGAAGAGAGUGGUGGAUACAAGGUUGA